AUGCUGAUUGUGCCUCCCGUCAUGACUGUCUCUGACAUCAGGAGUGCAUUUCUGUCCCCUUCACUACUGGAGUUUGCAGUGGGGAUCCAGGCAAAAGCCUUCAUUUUCUUGGUGAAUUUUUGGGACAUGGUGAGGAGGAAGCCCCUGAGCAACUGUGACCUUAUCCUGCUGAGUCUCAGCUUCACCCAGCUUUUCCUGCAUGGGCUGCUGUUUCUGAAUGCCAUCCCUCCCUCCUACCACUUCCGGCGGGCGACAGACCCACUGAGUCUCAGCUACCAAACCAUCGUCAUGCUCUGGACGGUCACAGAUCAAGCUGGGUUCCGGCUCACCACCCGCCUCAGUCUCCCCCGCUGUGCCGAGGUUGUCUGCUUCUCUCACACCUUCCUGCUCUGUGUGGCAACCUGGAUCACCAGGAAGAUCCGCCAGAUGCUCCUGCCUGCUGUUCUUUUCUCCUGUGUCUACACUGCCCUCUGUUUGUGGGACUUUUUUAACAGAUCUCAUUUCACCAUCACAACUGUGCUCUACUUGAAUAAAAAUACAGAAUUCAAUUUGCAAACUGUGAAACUUGAUUUCUAUCAUUCCUUCUUCUUCUGCAGCCUAAGAUCCAUCCCUCCCUUCUUGUUUUUUCUGGGUUCUUCUGCAGUGCUGAUUGCCUCCCUGGGGACGCCCAGGAGGACAAUGAGGGCCAAAACCAGAGACUCUUGUGACCCCAGCCUGGAGGCCCACAAAGCACUCAAAUCUCUCAUCUCCUUCCUUGGCCUCUGCGUGCUAUCACUCUGUACUGGCCUUAAUCUCAGUGCCUUUGAUGAUUCAGGGGCACACAGGUUCAGUGUGAUGGUCUGUGUAGGGAUGGUGGCAGCCUGUCCCUUGGGACGCGCUAUCCUGAUCAUAGGCAAUGCCAAGCUGAGGACAGCUGUGGAGACCAUUCUCCCCUGGGUUCACAGCAGCCUAAAGGUAAGGGCCGGCCACCAGGAAGGUUCCAGGACUCCAGAUCUACGCUGA